UCCUUUGUUAUGACUUUUUUUCAUAAUUUAUUCAGUGGAAUAGAACGCGUGUACUAGUAUCGAUCAGAACCAUGUGUUGUAUUUUAGAGCAAAACAUGGUCUUAUGUGAUAAUGUCCUAAUAUGUCAUAAUUUCGGAUUUGUCAUCGACUAAUUGAUCUUGUGUUUGGAGUGAUUUUUUUCACCUUGGACCAUUAGCCCGAGGGCCAUUGUGAUGUUAUCAUUAGUAUGAAAGAAACUUAUAAUUUUAGCCUACAUUUGUGAUAAUUAUGUUGUUGAUUUUGUUUAAAUGGAUUGUAUGUGAUGUGAAGACCAAAGAUGACCACAGGUCACCUAGAUUAUAAGAUAUGAUCUUUUUUAACAACUUUGUUGUAUCUAAAUGACAAAUAUCAGUGAGAAAUCUUGUCCCCUCCUAGGAGUGGGACUACCGCACCUUGUUUAUUUGACACAUGAAGGGACUUUGUCAAAUGUUUGUGUGAUUGGGUCCAAAGAUUCGGACCAGGAGUAUUCAGAUCAAAAUUGGUGGGAUUCUUGUUGUUGUGGAAGAAUUUCUAAAAAUAUGAAAUUAACUCAUGCUAAAGGGAUAUCUAAAAGGUUGUCUGGGAUUGCACGAUGGAGUCGUUUAUGGAAGUUAAUACAAGAUGGUGAAUGUGAAGCAUGCUCGGAUCUUGUGAUUGACCCACUUGGGGAACACAGUGAUAAUCAAUUUGAUCAAAAAGUUAAAAAAUUCCUGAUGGAUAGAUCAAUUUUGAAAGUUCACCUCCCAAAUGGAGGAUUUAAUAUGGUCAAAUAUGGUGAUGCCACUGAUGUCAAAGACAUCAUUCAAUUGGUUGUUGGCCGUUUGGCUGCAGGCGAAAGAUAUUUUUCAAAGUGCUACGCAUUAAAACUUGUACAUAUUAUUACCCGAAAAUCUUACUGGCUACAUAAUAAUUUAUCCAUGUACCAAGUACGACAAAAAUAUGAAUCUUCACAUCCACCUGAGGAAUGGAGGUAUGAACUGAGAGUUAGAUUUUUACCAAAGAAUUUCCAAGAAUUAUUCCAGCGAGAUAAAGUAACAUUUUUCUAUUUAUAUGAUCAGAUAAGGAAUGACUAUAUGCGUGAUAUAGCAGAGACUAUAGAUCAAGAAGUUGCCAUAAGACUAGGAUGCAUAGAAAUGAGGCGAUUCUUUAAAGACAUGCCACAAGUUGCCAUAGAUAAGAAGUCCAACUUUGAAUAUUUAGAAAAAGAGGUUGGAUUAAAACGUUUCCUACCCCGAUCUGUGAUAGAUUCUACAAAGUCCAAAACAUUACGAAAGUUGAUACAACUCCAUUUUAAACAGUAUGCUCAGUUUGCUGAACAUGAAUGUGUAUAUAAAUUUUUUGAUACAUUGAAAACUGUGUGUAAAUUUGAACAAGAAAGAUUCAGAUGUGCAUUAGGGUCAUCUGGUUGGAGUAUAUCCAUGGAACUAGUUAUAGGACCUGAUGUUGGAAUAAGUUACCUUACAGAAAAAGCUUCAUCUCCAACACACAUGGCUGACUUCAACCAAGUUCAAUCCAUACAGACUUCAGUGUCAGAAAACAAAGGACUUCUACAAAUAAAAGUGGCAGGAGCCACAGAACCACUUACAAUAACGUGUUCCUCUGUUGACGAGGCGGAGGAUAUGGCAGACUUAAUUGAUGGCUAUUGUCGUUUAGUACAUGACAUCAGUACUUCAGUAUGGAGCAGAAAAGCUGGCAUAGAAUGGGUCCCACUGAAUGACACAAAACCAAGUCGAAAAGAUGAGAAAAUACCAAGAACUCCGAAGUCAAGAGCCAGAAGAUUAGAUAGUUAUGGUAAAUCAGAACACAGGAAUGGCCAUGAUAGAUGUACUUCUGACUAUGCUGAGAUUGUGGAAGAAGAAGGGGACUACAGUACUCCUAUGAGCGAAGGUGGCAGCAGACGAAGGAAGCGGAAGUCCAAGGACUAUGAAUUAAGAAGAGAUCAUGUACAGUUAUAUGAAGUUUUAGGAGAAGGACAGUUUGGUGAUGUGUAUAAAGGUGCAUGGACAGAUAAGGAUUCAGAAGUUCAUCCUGUUGCUGUGAAGACAUGUAAAGAAGAAAAUGAAGAAACCAUGACAGAAAAAUUCUUAGAGGAAGCAUUUGUAAUGCAGCAGUUUGAUCACCCCCACAUCAUACAUCUGAUUGGUAUAUGUUCUGAAUCUCGACCUGUUUGGAUUGUCAUGGAAUUGGCUAAGCAUGGAGAGAUGAGAGCAUAUCUUCAGAACAACCGUCCUCGUUUAGAUUUAUGUACACUGUUAGUAUAUACUUGUCAACUAAGUACAGCUUUGUCAUAUUUGGAAAGUAAAAAGUUUGUACAUAGAGAUAUAGCUGCCAGGAAUGUUUUGGUAUCAUCUCAUGAUUGUGUAAAACUGGCUGACUUCGGUUUAUCCAGAGUUGUUGAGGAACAAAGUUAUUAUAAAGCAUCCAAAGGAAAACUGCCAAUAAAAUGGAUGGCUCCAGAAUCUAUUAACUUUAGAAGAUUCACUACAGCCAGUGAUGUGUGGAUGUUUGGUGUAUGUAUAUGGGAGAUACUUAUGUAUGGAAUCAAACCAUUCCAAGGCGUAAAAAACAAUGAUGUGAUAGGUAAAAUAGAAAAUGGUGAGCGCCUUCCAUUGCCACCUGGUUGUCCUCCAGCCUUGUAUAAUCUGAUGUGUGCCUGCUGGUCUUAUGAACCCACUAAUCGACCAUCAUUUGCUGAUACCAAGGGUCGCCUUUCUGAGAUUUUAGAAGAAGAAAGAUUCCGACAGGAAGAGGAGAUGAGAAGAGAUAACCGGAGGAUACAGGAUAUAAGUUGGAGAUCAAGCGGAUCUGAUAUUGAGGAACCUCCACCUAAGCCUGCACGACCCCAGUAUCCUGCCAUGUCACCCACAGGUUCCACACCCAAUCUGGCAAUCAACCACAGCAUAGCAUCUCUACCACAUCACUGGAACAGUACGACAAACCUGCCAAUAGGACAUAGUACCCCAUCAGGACCUAGUCCACAACACCCUCCUCCAGGAACCAUUCCAAGGAUGUCGGAGCAGAAACUGAAUGAUAUUGGUCCAAGGGAAAUAAAUUUACAACAUUACUUUCCGUCAUCAUCAGGAUAUACUGCUGUAUCAUCAGUCCCUCACCAAAAUAUUCAUCAGGAUAUUAAUAAUGACUUAGUGCAAGGACACUCUCAAAUACCUGGGGAAAGAGGUCUGGUGUACCCUCGGUACCAAGUUCCUCGUAAUCCCCAGGAAUGUGCUGAGAUAUUUGGUGGACAUUAUGAAACCACUUCCCCUCGGGGUUCAGCUGUGAUAAAUGACAAUUUUACUCAGGAAGGCCAUUCAGAAAUGCCAGACUGGGAAUUCCGUGAACCAUUAGUGCUAAAUAAUAAUCACCACGAUGAAUCUGAUCCUAAUGUGAUAGAACAGCGAUUACAACAGCAACAACAACAGUUAGAAGAAGAUGCAAGAUGGCUUCAAGCUUCAGAGAAAAAUCUAGGCAGAGACAAGUAUGCUGUUCCUGUUAAACCUAAAAAUAGAGAAUCUACAAAAGAAAAUGCUCCACCAGUGCAAAUGGUAGAAACUAGACCAACAAUAACAAUCCAGAAUAGAAUUUCAGGUGGGAGUCGUAGCAGUAGUACAAGUGAGUCAGAUGGUCUUAUAUCUCCUAAACAGCCUGAACCCCCACCAUCACCUGGAAUUGAUCGUACUAAUGAUCCAGUUUAUGAUAAUACCACAAAUGUUGUGAGAGCUGUUAUGACUUUUACAAAGGGACUUAACUCCAUGAAACCAGAAUUAUACAUUGACCAUAUCAAGGACAUUGGACUUCAACUUCGUGGUUUAUUAGCUUGUGUUGAUGAUUUUUUGCAACAAGUGCGACAAAAAGAAUUUGAAGAGGUACAGAUGUCACAAAAGGUAUUAUCAACAGACAUGGCUGCGUUAAUAAGUUCGAUGAAACUCGCCCAGCAGUAUGCCUUGACCACUGUGGACUCUGAAUACAGAAAAGGAAUGCUCAAAGCUGCCCAUGUAUUGGCUGUUGACUCCAAAAAUUUAUUAGAUGUUAUUGAUAAAACUAGAUUGAAAAAAAGCUGAUAGCUCACAUAUCUGGGCAUUGUUUUAAAUCUAAUGACUUCAUUAUUGGACAUUAUUAAAAUGUUAUUAUUCUGAUUUUACUAAAUAUUUUUUAUACUUAAUUCUUAUAAUUAAAGUUGUAAAUUUUCCAUUUGAAAUAUGCUCAAAUUUUGAUCUUGUUUUAGCAUAAACAUACCACGGAAACUUUGGUUAUUUUAUUACUUGUCUCCAGUCUCCUAUUUCUGACUUGACAGCUUUAUCAAACAAGUCAAACAAGUUAAACAGGUUAAAAAAUUUUACCAAUACUUCUGAAACACAAUAUGCUAUGACUUGUCAAAGUGUCAUGGUUUGGUAAAGAACAAACAAAUGUUUUGAUAAGAGAAUUUUCAUUCCAUGUCUAUCUGCAAUUUACAUUAAUUUAAUUGUUAACAAAACAACAAAAUUGAUUUAUUUAUUCUUGAAAACUGUAUUUUUAGCUUUACUUUUUAAUAACAAUAUUUAUUUUAUGUACAAAAACACUAUGGUGCUAUUGUGUUUUGUUUGUCUUUUAGACAUAUCCCUGAGAGAAAACACUCCACAGCCUUUGCUUACUGUCCAUAUCUACAAAGAUAGAAACAAUUAUUAUUUGGUUGUGAAAUGGAAUAAGUGUCCUUGUUCUUUUAUUAUGUUGAGGCCAGGUUUCUUUAAGGGGUUUUGAGGAUUUACACACUGUUUUUAUUGAAGACUUUCAGAAUCAUGUUUUAGUAUACGGUAGGUUUUUUUUUUAAAUGUUUCAAAAAGUGUAUUGUUAGCAUCAAAGUAUUCAAUGUUAGAUUAUAAUACUUCAUAUUCUGCUAAUCAUUCAAUUUGCAGAUACUGAUUGAUUCCAUGGUAAUCUUUCAGAUAAAAAUAUUGUGAUCAGAACAUUGAAUACCUAACCAAUAUUGCAAAGUUAUUUCGAGUUUGAUGUUGAUAUGGUCUCUGGCUGUUGUACAAACAAUGACAUUACCUAUAAUCCUUCAGUUUCUGAAAUGGUAAAGCUACAUUUUUUUAUGAUAACAGAAUGUACAAAUCUGCUCUUUUAUUCUGUUUGCAUUACAACAAUAAAACUGCUAAAAUACAGUGCAAGAUAUUUUUUGUAAAUGACUGACAAAUACCUUGAUUUUCAAGUACACAGUAAAUACCUUCAAUUGUUUAAACUUCUUAACUUCUUCACAAGUCAAAUAGUAAUCUAGUUUUUUUUCUUUACCAGUUUUGUUAGUUAAAUGGAAAUGCAUUUUUUAUCAAUGUUGCAUCUUUCCUUUUUUCACAAAGUUUUGAAUGAAAGAAGAAAAUUAAUGUUUGAAUGUGAUAUAAUAGUAUAUGUUAACAGAUACACCUUGUUUUAAUGUGUAAAUAUUGCUUGUAAAAGAUAUAUAAAUGUGGAUGUGUGCAAUAUUUAGGUGAUCUAUAUAUUAUUGAGUGUGAUUGGUGUAUAGAGAAUAAUUGAUUGUAGAUCUACUACAAGAUAAUAUAACUACUCCAUGACAUACACAUAUGCAUAUUUAAAGCUUGCCUCUAUUAUAUAUAUUGCUGUCAUCUCCAAUAGAAUUGUAAUAUUAGAUUAUAAAGACCAAGGCAUUUGUGAGUUUAAACCUUUGAUAGUAUUUGUAUAUUUAGUUUAUCUUGUAAAAGAGAAGGUUGAGAUAACUCAAAUUGAUUGAUUGAUUAAUUGGUGUUUAACUCCACAAGAUAACUCAAAGAAGUGAACACAUUGCAAUAAAGUUACUUCAAUGUCUUUUGAUAAGGUGACACUAAAUUGUUAAAAUUUGUAUAACAAAUAGCAAUUUUGUAAUAUUCUUACAAGAUCUGUUUAUUAUAUUGUACAUUAUAAUUACAUUGUCACCUGGUUCAUUCCUAUGUUUUCGUUUACACAUAUAUAAGUUAAUUAGAUUUGAAUGCAUAUAUUUCAGAAAAAAAUAGGUUUUUUUUUUUAAUUAAAUGGUGACAUUGUCCAUCUGACGGUGUCAUCUUUUUAAUUCCAGAUGAGUGUACAUAUCUUUAACAAAUUCUAUUUAUAAAGUACCAUUAUUCCCACCAGUAUUGUGUUUGUAUAAUGUAAAUAUCCAUUUUGUAAAGUUCUCAUAUGUCUCAUCAAUAAAUCUCACAGGAACAGUCA